AUGGCAACAAAACAUAAUUCAGUAAGCAAACGCUUUAUGUUUCGUUCAUCGGAUAAAAAUAAUAAAGUUCAUCCGACACCAAAAAAUGAAGCUACACAUAAUAUGCCAUCAAAAACCUCACAAUCAAGAGCAGUACGGUCUCUAUCUCCAACGAAAAUUUCACCAACACCACGACAGACAAAUGACAACAAUGAUAGUCCACGUACAGAAACAGUACCCGUACGACGUGUCGUUCUCGUACGUAAUACAAGAAAUCCACAUAUGAAACAAGGACCAGUGGAUUUAAGUGAUUUCGAAAAAAAUGAUCCUAAAAAGAUUGUUCCAGCGGUUACUAAUGGACAUACAUCAAUUUAUCUCAUUCGACGUUCUAUUGUACCAGCAAAUCCAGUGGGUUAA